AUGGAGGACCUUUUAAAGGAAUGGGGUCUUGAGAAAUUUAUUCCUGUUUUUAAAGAAAAACCUCUAACAAUGGGGGUCAUAGAAUUCGUAGCAGCAUGUGGUUCUGUCCUUUUGCUGAUAGCCACUAUGCCAUUUUCGUUAUUUUUUUGUUUUAAGGUCGUUCAAGAAUACGAGAGAGCCGUCAUAUUUAGGUUGGGACGACUUAGAUCUGGAGGGGCCCGAGGGCCCGGAAUAUUUUUCGUCCUGCCCUGUGUUGACAGCUACUGCAAAGUCGACCUGAGGACAGUGUCGUUUGAUGUCCCCCCGCAAGAGGCUCUAACCAAGGACUCUGUCACUGUUACAGUCGAUGCUGUGGUAUAUUACAGAAUUCAGGAUCCAUUAAAUGCUAUUGUCCAAGUAACAAAUUAUAGCAACUCCACUAGACUUCUGGCUAUGACUACCCUAAGAAACAUUCUUGGUACAAGAAACCUAUCGGAAAUUUUAUCAGACAGAGAGGCUAUUUCUCAUGCAAUGCAAACCUCCUUGGACAUAGCUACUGACCCUUGGGGGGUCAAAGUCGAACGUGUUGAAAUAAAAGAUGUGAGCCUUCCAACGCAGCUGCAAAGAGCGAUGGCUGCUGAAGCUGAAGCUUCGCGUGAAGCAAGAGCCAAGGUCAUCGCAGCUGAGGGGGAGAUGAAAGCUUCUAGAGCUCUUAAAGAGGCUUCCGAUGUUAUAAGUGAAAGUCCAUCUGCUCUACAGUUAAGAUAUCUACAAACCCUCAGCACUAUAUCGGCUGAGAAAAAUUCUACCAUAAUUUUCCCACUUCCGAUUGACAUUUUGAGUUAUUUUAUGGGUGGUAGGACUGAACAUCGUCAAAACAAUGUUAUGAUAUAGAUAAAAUGAAAUGUAUCUAAGCGAUAUUAAGUGAGUGGUAUAGAAUCAUAGACGGACAAAACUUAGUGUUCUAUAUUUUUUCUAUAUUGUACAAUUUACAGGAUCAUUUUGGACUGUGCAGUUUUUUUGAAACUAUCCGUUUUUGAUUCUAUCUACCCCUAUUUUAUAAUAUAAAAAUCACUGUUUUACAAAUUAAUAAAAUCAUAAAAAAA